CAAUCUUUUCCAGUUCAUUCGGCGUCUAUAAAUUGAUGUCUCUCGGAUGCACACAAAUACUUUUGCAAGUGUGAUCUUAACGUUUUCAUCAAAUAAUGUUCUCCAACGCCAGUACCUCGGUGGUAGAUUCUCGAUAUGAUAUCCCUGUUGCGGGUCUGGGUACCCCUGCGUUUUACGUUAUCCAUUCUAUGGCAAUAACGUGUAUUCUAAUAAGCUUGUUUUCAGCAAUUGCUGUGAUUUUUGUAUCCUUUCGAACAAAAUCUGCGAAAACUUUCUUUAAAUCGUGGUCCAAAUGCGAGCGUUUUGUGGUAUAUCUGGCUUUUUAUGACGGUCUGUUUAACAUGGUACACUUUAUGGAUCAUUUUCACAUGGCGGUUGUCAAAGACCAUGUCCAUCCGAUAGAAUUAUGUGAAUACUAUGGUUUUAUAGUGUUCAUGUUUAUUUCUGCUCAGAUGUUGCUUGUGUCACUGAUUGCUAUCAAUGCGUUUGUGUUGAUGAAAUUUAGUAAAAACUUAGACCUCGGCAAGUAUGAUUGGAAGCUGCUAUUGCUAACAUUUGGAUUUCCAUUUGUGGAGUGCCUCAUUGUUACUGUCGUGGGUAAAAUUGGACCGACGGGAGCAUCCUGCGGGGUAACGGGAAGAAUUCCGACGCUUUUUCUGACGACAGUUCCGGUGUUAAUCGUCAUCACCCUGAAUUCCGUCAUCUACACUCUCACUUGGUCCAAGAUACGGGCCGAAACAAAAAGACUGGAAGGUUCUAUCGGAGAAAAGGCGAACUCUGAUAGAAAAUCUACACAGGCUGCUAAAACCAUGUCUUUGUUUGUAUUGGUGUUUUUCAUCCAAUGGUGGGCGGCCGCGUUGUAUGGGAUCUGGAUGAUGGCCGCCAAAACGGUUCCUUUUGCAAUUUUUCUGCUUGUCACUUCAUUUUCAAACAUCGGAGGGAUUUUGAAUGGAAUUGUCUUCUUAAUAAUGCGCAAAAACAAAUUUCGUAAAUCUGCACCCAAGCCGACUGUCGUCUGUGUAUCAAACACCGAAGCUACUGAAGUAAAUUAAAUCUAUUUGGGGUUUUUUGUACACAGACUGGAAUAUUUUUCAUAAACUUUUGACUACUAGAAUAGAUAAAUGUGAGUCUGAACUGUACCCGUGAUAAUCGAAAUAUUUUAUUCAGUGUUUGAAGUUGAACACCGAUGCUGCCAAUGUGAGAUGUAUAAUAUGUACUUUGAUUGUUAUUGCACAUUGUAAAAUGUUUAUCAUUGAUUUAGUUGUGUUUUUGUAUGUAUGUGUAUUUCAUAGUUAAAACGACUUGACCUUGUAUAUUAUAUCAUCUGGAGGAAAUUUAAUGGAGCACAAUAUUGAAUCGUUGUGUGUCGUAUAAUAUUAUUUUGAUUUAUCAAUAAUAACUAAUCAAAGAGGUCAGUUAUCUAUGUUGUAUCCUUAAGUUGUAUUCUUAAGAAGUUCUAGUAUAUCACUGCAGUCGAAGUGUU